GCUAAAGAAAGCUCUGCUUCUAUUCCAAACCUUUCCUGACCUCUUUGUUGAAGAAGGACAAACUAACGUACGAACAAAAACACGGGUGCCUGCCAAAGGAAAAAAAAAAAAAAAAGGAGUUCCUGUAAAGGAUUGAAACAAUAAAUCUCCUCUUUGCUGAACUCCCAGCGGGAGAGUGUGUGGAUUUCCUGCCGUUCUUUAUCAAAGCCCCCAAAAUAAGCAGAAAUAUGGGCAGAGGCAGCUCUCAGGCAACGCACCUUUUCCAUUUGCUAAUUGGGCCCUGCGGGGAGUGAAUCCCUAGCCGGGCUCGGGAGGGCGAGAGCCUCAGUCGCCAUGAAGCUGCUUCAAGUCACCUUCCUGUCCCUCUCUCUCUUCAGCCUCAGCCAUCUGGAUGAACAACCGAGUAAUAUCACCACCUCUGUAGCCCCGAGUUGGACUAAGCAGGAGACGGAUGCAACGCCAGCCUCGACGCCGUCGGCAUCGGACACGGUCUUGACGACGCCAGUGACGUCGUCAGAAACCGCUGUUGCCUCAACAACAAUCUCUCCGACCACAGGCCGCAACGUCGCAACGACAGCUGCAGAUAGUGUGAAAACAUCAUCGAGCAAACCUGUGACUACAGCAUUCAACAUAUCUGACUUCACCUCUUCUAUGGACAAUGCGAAAGUCAAGAGCACUCCGUCAAGCAGCCCCCAGGAGAACGCAUUCAGCACAGUAAAUGCCAGCGCGCACCUGUCAAGCAUCCAAGCUUCAACCCCCUCAGCGACAAGAGCGAAUACCAAGCCACGCGUAGAAUCGAGCACCGUGAAAAGCACCAGCUCCCCUCUCGCCAGCCCUGCCUAUUCCGGUGUGAUUUUGCCGGUGGUCAUCACCCUGAUAGUGAUCACGCUGUUGGUUUUCAUCCUGGUGGGUUUGUAUCGGAUGUACCGGAAGAAGGACCCGGGGUCACCGGACAACGGAACUGACCAGCCCCAGUCGGAUAAAGAGAGUGUUAAACUCCUGACGGUGAAGACGCUUUCUCCUGAAACUGGAGAGCAGUCAGCUCAAGGGAAAAAUAAGAACUGACAGCCGGACGGAUGGUCUCCACACCUGGGCAACUGACGCGUGUCAGAAAGUUCAUCCCGUCCUCGCCGGGAACUUUGCUCAGAGAGUGUGUUCCAACUGGGAAUUCCGGCACAUUGACCGAGGCUCAAUCACGGGCAGACCACAGACCCCCUUCCCCAUCGCCAAACACAAAUUCCCUGCGGUUCUCGGUCUCCGGGCGAGGUUUCUGGCUUCUCGGUGGCCUUCGAUAUUUAUUAUUCUCUGUUUUUGAAAGCAAGGAAAGGUGGCCUCCCUCGGCACCUCCCACGUGAAGAUGACGUCCACGACGGUGAGAUCCCAUCCCUCUAUAGGAUGGGACCAAAGUUUGAGACCAACAUUCCGUUCCACUCCGUGCGCGUGUAAAAAACGUCCUUGGCACGUCCACUUGUUUGCUAUCAUUUGCAAGGCCUGCGGUGCUGUUCUAAUCUGCCUCUUGGGAUCAAAAUGUUCCCAAGGUCCCCACUCAAGGAGGAUGGUCCUUCUCCCGGGUCCUGUCCACCAUCUUGUUCUGCUUACCCUCGUGUUCUUCCCGAACGCUGUAUCACACGGUGGAGCUGUGGGCUACGUUUCUCUCGUCUUAAAAGCGUUUGCCCUCCAUGCUUGUAGUUACCCAUUCAACAGCUGCUUGGACACCCUGCCGCCCUCCAUUCUCCCCUCGCGUCCCACCCAGCGGAGCCAUGUUGCGAUUCUCCGGUGCCGUGAGCUUGUUGUUCCGGGGCCUCCUUGUCACUAACCGAGUCCGAGGUGACACUUUUGCAACUUCUCGGGGAGCUGGGCGCGAUUCUGCGGUAGAUCCAGUAGCCGCGGAGGAUUUCCGAGCACCGGAGGGCACGACUCUCGCUCCGUCGGGCUUCAGUUUGGCUCUCGGCUCGUUGUCUUCUUGUUGGCCGAAAGACGCGCUGGUCUUCUCGGUUCCAUAUUCUACUUCUCUGCAUCGUUGAGUCCCGUGUUGCCAGCGGAGCGGAUUUCAGUGACGACGUUCAGUUCUGGGUCGUCGAUGAAAGCCUUGUGCUUCCCUGUGAAGGGUUUCGAUGGACAGGCUGGUACAUAACCUAGGUUUCCUUUCGGGAUUAUUCUCAACUCAGAGCACUGUCCUUAUUCCUCAAAGCAGUUUAUAAUCAUCUGUCUGUCUUUACAUAUAUAGAGAGAGAGAGAGCUGUCCGUCGUGCCAUAUUGUACAUAUAAAUGUUUUAUUCAUUUUAUUCAUCUGCCGGGGAGGAAAAUGGUGUUUCUUUUUAAACUUCUAAUAAAUAAUUUACUACCCUCAAAA